AUGCGGCAACACUCUCAACACCCUCCUCCACAGCCCCCUCAACUUUCCCAGCUCCACAAUCGUCUCGCAAACGGAACUCCCUCUCCUCCUCAUCCUCAUCCUCAUCCUCCAGCAGUCCCUCUCCCAUUAUCUCUGCCUCUUCCUCCCCCUCCUGCGGCUGCUGCUGCUGCUGCUGCGGCGGCGGCUGCAGUUGCUGCUGCCGCUCACUCUGCUCACCCUCCACAAUCCCGGAUGUCAAACGAUCUACGCAAUCGCACCCCACUGCCGGUGCCCUCAGGUACCACGGCGCAUGUGCAGAACGGCCAUACUCGCAGCAUGUCGGCUAUCCCGCCCUUCGACAUGGCUCGCAGCCCUCCAAAUCCGGCAAGCAAGAACACCAAACAUGUCCCCUGCAAGUUCUUCCGUCAAGGCGCCUGUCAAGCUGGCCCCGCAUGCCCGUUCCUGCAUUCUACCGACUCUUCCGUCGAUUCCGCUCCUUGCAAAUACUUUUCAAAGGGAAAUUGCAAAUUCGGAGCAAAGUGUGCUCUUGCGCAUAUAUUACCAGAUGGACGCCGCGUUAACAGACCUAAUAUGAUGCCCCCAAUGGGAAUGAGUGGCGGUCAUCUCAACCUCGGUGGCCGCGUAAACCCUCAGCAGUACCACACCCAAGACUCCGCCCUCGCAAACUCUUUGCUCUCUCAACAACGUGUCAACGGCCACGGACACAGAUUUUCUUACCCUUUCCCGGGAGGCCAGGAUGAUAUCUAUGGUCACCAACAACCCCAAAACCCCCCCGUUCCCUUCGACGGUGGUAUCCCUACGAUUGAAGCUGGCUUCGUACCUGAUAAUGGCUCCAAAUAUGGUUCUCCCCCCGAAGAACCGAGACUACCUAUGUCCCCAAUCGGAAACACUGCGCUCGAUGCCCCUCUCCCAGCUUCCUUUGAUAGCCAAGGAAUAUCCUACAUGGCUCGUCAUGGCCCCGUGGCAGCGUCCCUUCCCUCCAACUUCACUCUGGAAGAAGAUUACCUACCACCAAAUCUCCAUGACGACGUAUUGACCCCACAAGAGAGAAUGAGACGAUUAUCCCGAACAGAACAGGACCACGGCAACCUCAACAGCGCUAGAGAUUUCAGCGGCCUGGGUAUGCCAAGCGCAGGAUCCGGCAGGGUAGGUUCACCACUGGCCUCGAGCCCGUCCCGCUUCGGCGCAAUCUUCGCCAAACAGCGUCAGAGAAAGGAAGAAGAGGGACAGGGACAAGUGGGGCAAGGACAAGUCGGUUUCGGCCACGUCGGUUCCCCUCUGCGCGAAUCCUCCUUGAAUUACCACGCCGCAAGCCCCAGCCCCAACCUCCGCCCCAUCGGCAGCCGCCCAACCUCCGGCGACGUAUCCCCCUUCAUAUCCAGCCCGUCCCGCCAAUCUUCCAUGUCCAUGAUCUCCCAACAGCUCAGCAGCACGUCAUUACAUCCCAGCUCAGCCCGACAUGCCUCGACGGGCAGCAGACUUGAUCGCAGCGUUUCAUCCCCCGUUAGCACGAGCAGGAUUGACGAGGAGCAGAGCGACCUUGUCUUCUCCAUGGAGGAGGAAGAGAAUAACAAGCGUAAUAGCACCGUGUGGAAUUCAAGUAAUACGGCCGGCAGUGCGGGUCAUAAUCAUAAUACUAAUGCUAAUAAGGCUUCGACGAAGGGCAAGGAUGGUUCGACGGCUACGGCGGCGGGACAGUUACGACAAAAGCCACUGGCACAGCAACAACAGCAGGUACAGGAGAAUACACAGGCGGCAGCGAUGCAAGGACAGCAAGAGGGUAAUAAUGGCGGUGCUGACGCUAAAGGGAAGACUCUUCUGAAGGAAAAUUGA